AUGCAAAGUAACAGCGAGUUGGCUAUGACGCGAGCGUUCGCCGCCCUGAGGAGGGUGCGCGAAUUCUCGAUGAGGAUCAGGAUGCCUCUGCAACAGGUGAACGGACAGAGGAUGCUGGGUCCGUGCUUCGGCGUGCAGAUUCCACCGGACGGUUGCGAGGUUUUGGUGCUGCAGCUGCCGAAGGACAUGUUCGAGGAUGAGAUUUAUCCGAUCCUGCUGCGGUUCGGGCCGAUCUACAGGAUGCGUUUGAUGCUCGAGGAGAACGGUCUGCUGACGCGCCGUCACGCCUACGUGACCUUCUGCAAUCAGUGGUCCGCUGUGGCCGCCAUCGAGUUGUUGAAUCGCACAGAGAUCAGGCCAGGAUUCGUGGUCGUCGUCGAGAAGGCGCAGGAGAACAAGAGACUCUUCCUGGGCGGCAUCCCCGACGCGAAGACGAAGGAUCAGGUGUGGCGUGAGCUCAUCCGCAUCGGGAUGACUGGGAUCUUGGACGUGAUCAUGUAUCGCUCGUACACGGACAGGAAUAGGAACAGGGGAUUCGUCUUCGUCGAGUUCAGCACUCACCAGGAGGCCGCGUUCACGCGUUUGAUGUAUCAGGACGCGAUGAUCUUCGGGCAACGGAUUCAGCUGUACUGGUCCACGCCUCUGCACCAGGUGGACGACGACAUCAUGAGAAGGGUCAGACGUCUCUUCGUGCGAAACAUGCCAGUUCGCCAUUCCACCGACGACAUGAAGCAAAUGAUUGUUUGCAUCCUGGGGCUGCAAUUUCGCUUCGUCGAGAAGGUCUACAAGCAUCGCGAUUACGGAUUCAUCCACUUCGCCACGCGUCGCGACGCACAGAAAAGUCUCGAAAUCUUAAGAGAUUAUUUCAAAAGAAACGAUUAUGACAUUGAGGUGACCUGGGCCAAACCGUCCGUCAAAGACAUCCACAGAAUGCAGAUUCGAUCCAACAAUUCUUUCAGCUUGGACGAUUCUUUUGCAUCCAGGACAAGCGGUUUCUCCGAAUGCUCCUCUUCAUUCUUCGACGAAUUGAGCGUUUACUCAGUACAAUACUAA